ACGCGUGAGCGGGGCUAAGACGAUGUUACUUGCGACACAAACAAAACAUGCGUUCAUGAUAAUUGUGUUGUAAAACUCAAUUAUUCUGAGCUAUUACAAGAAGAGAGUGAAAGAAUUUUCAUAAACCUGUCAUAAAAAUGAAACGAAAUGAAAAAGGAAUUUUUGGAGUUAAAAAGGACCCAAGGAAUUUGAUGUUGUUUUCAUUCCAAGUAAGGGAAGGAGAAGAAUGGCCAUCAAGUGAUUCAUGUGACUCCGACUAUCAACCAAGUGAUGACGAAAUUAAACCAAACACUAAAAAUAAAUCAACAAACAAAAGAAAUAGAUCAAAUGUGAAGAAAAGUUCAAAAAGAGUCAAAUCCAGUUCAUCCGCAAAGGCGCACCCAUCAGAUGCAUCUGCUGAAAAUGUGCUCGGUGUGAACUGCCCUAACCUUCCGUCUGAAAUAUGGCUGAAAAUAUUUCAAGAUGUAGUCAAUACUAGCGGUCCUUUGCCAUUUUUGUGCAGGGCAGCUAAGGUGUGUACCCUGUGGCGAGACCUCUGUACCCAUCAGUCCCUGUGGAGAAGUGUGGACUUAUCCUAUGGCUGGAUCAAGUCAACAGACAGAACACUUCAGUGGCUUUGUGAUAACAGACUUGAACAUACUCAGGAAAUCAACCUGUCAGGCUGGAAGUCUCUGUCCUCAGCUGCUCUUAAAGACCUGAUGGUGAAAUGUAGUGAUUUGAGCAGUAUUAAUCUAUCUUACUGUGUCAAAGUCAACACAGAUGGCUGGAUGUCUCUAGCCAACCACUGUAGUCGCCUUUCAGACAUAGAUGUGUCCUUCUCAUGUAUCCAAGUGCCUGCUCUCAAAGCCCUGGUAGAAAAAUGUGGAGAAAACCUCAGGCAGCUCAAUGUAGGUGGCAACAUCCUGACUGGAUUCAAUAAUGUGAUGGCAGCUAUCAAGAAAUGUCCGAAUCUUCAGUUGUUGGAUGUGUCUAAUGUGCGGUUUUCCUCAGAUUUCAUGGCAUUUGAUAUUGAAAAAAUUCAACAUGCAUGCCCAAAAAUGAGAGUUCUUCGAUUAGCAAACUCAAAAUUCAGAGCUCCAGAAGUAUCCAAGAGAAUACAGAAUGAGUCUCCAGGCUUCCCAGAACUGGAGGAGUUAAGUCUAGCUGUACACACAGCCAAGGUUGGAGCAGGUCUUGCCAUACAUGAUAAUUUCUACCAAAGAAUCCUGAAAUCUUCCUAUAACUUACGUCUGCUUGAUCUGAGAGGCCUCAGUCAGAUCACGACAUUAGGUCUAGCCUCUCUUCCUGUGACUGACCUGGAGUCACUCUACCUGUCCAUGACCUCUCUCGCCUCCCGCAACAACAACGUGGAUGUUGUCCUACACAAGUGGCGUCACAGUCUUAAGGUAGUGGAUCUGUCGUGGAACACAUUCCAAGACAAUGUACUGGAUGCUGCUUUUGAGGUGUAUGUGGGUCUUCCCACCACAACACAACACAAACUACGCUGGAUUAACUUUGCUGGAACUGCAGUCACUUUGACCACAGUCAAACUGCUGUUGGACAACUGUUCAGAUUUGGAGUACAUAAAUCUUUCAUCCUGUCGUGGACUUCCCAGAGGCAUGAAGCGAGAAUAUAGUCAAGGACAGAUCAGUAAGCUUCGAAGGGAAGUUCAAAUGGAGUUGACCAACGAAGCUGAUACAGAUUCAGACUAAAACUUUUAAGGACUCCAAUAAACUUUAUUGUUUAAACGUUUUCAGGGGAGUGUAAAACUGUAAUGCAAAGGCAGCUAAAAAAAAAAUCAGGAAUAUCUAUAAAAUGGUCAGGUAAAAUGUUAUCAGGAAUUAGAUGUAGACAUAGCCAUUUUACUUAUCAAUGUGUAGUUAAAGCAGUUAGUGGAUAAAUCUCAGGUUCAGGGAAGGGGUAGAUAUAAGUGUAAUGAUACAUACGUACAAAACAGAUG